AUUCACAUUCAUGCAGUAUGUCUGUCUGUGAGCAAAGCCUUUCUGAAUCUCCAGCACUCUCUCUCCCUCUCUCUCUCUCUUUCUCUCUCCCUCCCUCACCCUCCGUCUGUUGCUCCCUCCCCCUCCUUCCCACUCUGUGUGAGCGUAGUCUGGGCGCUAAGCCAAGUAGAGUGUGUUUUUUUGAAUGAAUACCUGAUGCGGCUGAUGAGGCUGGCUGGGGGGAGGAGCUGUGUCAGUGGAGUACUGAGAGAGAAAGAGAAAGAGGAGGGAGGUAGAGAGGGAAAGGGAGAGAGGCAGAAACAGAGAGAGGACGAGAGAGAGAGAGAGAGAGAGAGAGAGAAGCAGCCAGGCAGAGAGGGAGCUGGCGGUCUGGUGGCCUUGCAUAACACACGUUGGAGCAGCCUUGAACGCAGGACUUGGUGUUAGCUUCAGCAGUGGGGAACUUCCUUCACCGUCAGCCCGUUGCAGGGGGAGCGUAGCCUCCAAAACCGGAGAGUCCAGAGGGGAAGGGCAGAGCUGGAGCAGCUACAGCACAGGCUCCAGGAGAGGAGAGCGGCACAAAGGAGAGAUUCAGGAAGAGGAGUCCUAGGAAACACGUCUCCAACACACAUACACACACACAUACACACACACACACACACUGAGAGGCAGGAAGAAUCCUUGGACAUGCUGUGCAAGCAGUGGCUGUGGAGAGACUGCCCCCAGAGGCGACAGUCACAGCGUUUGUCCAGAGCUGUACGAUUCAACAGCAUUGACCCUGUUUGGUGGGAGAGGUGCUCGCUGAGAGGGACGCCUGCCUGCGUACACAUCUUGGCUCGUAUUCUGUGUGAUCGGUGUGUGUCGAGUGGUGAUGCAGAACUCUGGAGUCAUUGUGAAGACAAACAGCCCGAACCCACUGCCUGUUCUUACUGUCUGCUUUAGUCUGCCACACGAUUCCUGCCAACAUCGUGGAAGGGGUUGAUCGGUCAGAGAUGAUUCCUCAUGAAGUCUAUGGAGCUCAUAUUGUGGGCUGGAGUGACUCCAUCUUCCCUGGUCUGAGAUCUGGAGGUGUCUACCAGUGAACGCAACGAGAACCUGUGCCACACAACACACAGAGAGGACAGUCCUGUAUAUAACCAUUGGAUGAGAAAGAGAGAAAAACAGGCCCAGAAGAAGUCAGAAGUACUACCUGGGGGUAUUAAAACCAAACUGGCACAAUGAAAUCCAACCAGGAGAGGAGUAAUGGAUGCCUGCCUCCUAAAAAGCGGGAGAUCCUCGCUCUGGAACAGAGGCCAGUGGCAGUAGCGGCCGCAACACCUCCAGCUGCAGUGAUUGCAGACAGUCCCCACACAGAGAACCUAGCAUGGCUGGCGAGUGUGGCCAGUGAACGCUGCAAAUCCAGGGACGUGGAGAGCCCGAGGUGUCCCAUCUCCUCCACUUCUUCCUCUCCUUCCUCCACCUCUAUCCCUUCCUCGACCACUCCUCUGUCUGCGGUGCCCCUGGCCUCCCUGCCUGCAGUUUACCCAGCAGCCCUUCCCCAGCAGGCUGGGACUAUCCAGUUUGCUCAGCUUGGACCCAACGUUCAGUUCAUCAGCUCUGGGCCCUAUGCUGGCUACAUCUCCUCUCACAUCAUAUCCACUAAUGCUAGCUCUGUGCCGAACAGCUCUGCUAUAGGACAGCGUUCCCACCUGGAGGGUUACACCACCGCCCUCAUCUCCCCCAACACCAAAGGGGAUCAGCAGUUUCAAAUUGGCCUCUCCCCCACAGAACUGACACCCGUGUCGCUUCCCAGCUCCCCCCAUGUCACCAGCCAGUACAUUCAUCUGGACAGCAGAACACCUUUGACUGUCAGCGGAAACCCCGUUGCUUCACCCACAGCGCACCUGCAGCUCCACCCUCACACAGCCGUCCUCCCUCAAACGCUAACCCUUGCUCCAUCCCAGCUGGUGGUUCAGUAUGCAGAUGGUCCGGCUGGAAAGAAACCAGAGGGUCAUGCUAAGGGUGUGCUGAAUGGGGAAUUGGAGAUUGUUAAACAGACGAAGGCUCCCAGUCAGCCAAUGAACCAUCAGCAGGUCCAGAGUUAUGAGGCCAGACAUAUCCUCCUGCCUGCAGAUUACGGCCAGAACCCUGCAGGACUUCAGACCUCCUUUAUGCUGGUGGCCCAGCCCAAUCAUGGAGCUGAACGUGAAGCUGCCUCAAAUAAGAUCUCCUUUGUCCAGACCGAGAAAGGGGGCAUCUGUUUGGGGAAACCAGUGUCCAGAUCAUCCUCUUUCACCUCUCUCUCCUCCUCAGAAGUGGUCAAGUCUGUUGCUCCCCAUGCUGUCAUUCAGACCACUCUGCCCUCUGAGGAGCUCCCAGCCAAUCUCUAUUCCUCCACACAGCCUCCCAUCAUUGGAUAUAUCACCAGUGGAAAUCAGCAUGCUCUCAGCUACCAUGCAGCGCUGCCUCAGCACCUGGUCAUUCCGAGUGGCCAGUCCCUCCUCAUCCCAGUCAGUGGCACCAAUAACGGCACCGAAAUCGAGGUUACUCGUACUGUGAGCACCCUGACAGCCACCACUACCCCUCAAAUAUCGACCGCCAUGCCACAUGCCUAUCUCGCCACGGCCCUGUCCAAGUGUGAGGCGCUUGGGCCAGAUGGAAAUCAACCACCCCCUGCCGUUGCACAGGCACCAGCUCUGCCGGUCCUGCCCUCAAACCCGCCCCCUGCAGUGGCGGCAGCUCCCUCCCCAACUCCCGCUCGAGUCCCCUCUCCUGCCCCUGUUUCCAUCCAAGCCUCCCCCUCCAUCUCCUCUUCCUCUUCCCCUGUGGCGCUUCCUCCAUUCUUCAUGCGAGGCUCCAUCAUCCAGCUGGCCGAUGGGGAGCUGAAGCGUGUUGAGGAUCUCAAGACGGAGGACUUCAUCCAGAGCGCUGAGAUUAGCAGCGAGCUGAAGAUUGACUCCAGUACUGUUGAGCGUAUUGACAGUGGGCAAAGUCCUAAUGCUGUGGUCAUACAGUUUUCUGUGGGAGAGCUCAAGGCUCAGGUGUGUGUGGAGGUGCUGGUGGAGUAUCCCUUCUUUGUGUUUGGCCAGGGCUGGUCUUCCUGCUGCCCAGACCGGACCACCCAGCUGUUCGAGCUGUCCUGCGCUAAGCUGUGUGUGGGUGACGUAUGUGUGUCGCUGACCCUCCGCGGCUUGAGGAACGGUUCGGUAACAGACUGUCAGCCUUUGGGGACCAAGCUGAAGACGGGUCACCUCUCUGACUCCUGUCACAAUGUGGAUAUCAGAAACAGUACGAGUCCAAACACUGCACACAGUAACAGUGGCCUCCUCAUGAAGGCUUCCAGUGCGGACAGGCUAGAAAGGGAGAAGGUAAGCAGACCAGGACCGGGACUGGAGCCACCGCCGGGAUUGGGACUGGUUCCAGGGCAAGGGGAGCGGAUCUACGGAGCUGGAAGUAUGCUGGCAGGAGAAGUAAGACAGGAAACGGUGAAAACGGACAUGCCUGCUCUUACCAAAGUACAAUGUGGUGAUCCAGAGAGACCCACGGUCCGCAAGAGACGCUGGUCAGCUCCAGAGCGAGACCAGACUGAGAGAGCGGAGGAGGAGCCUCCAUUGACUCUGCCCAAACCCUCCUUCAUCCCUCAGGAGGUUAAAAUCAGCAUAGAGGGCCACUCCAGUGCUGGGAGUGAAAGAUGCUUGAACAAAAGAGUAGACUGUUGAGAGAACUUUAAGGAAUUUUGGAUUACCUGUGGUUUGCUUUGUGUUUAUCCCCUCUCUUUUCUCUCCAUCCAAACUACUGUAAUAUAGGCUGAGUUUACACCAUAUUUACAUGUUUUCUUUAUUUUCUUUCACACAAGAUAUCUACGAUGAAGUAAAGUCAAGCACCUUCAUAAGUGGUAUCACACACGAGAUCAGUGCAAUCAAUGCUGAAAGCAAAAAUGAAUGCAGCGUGAAUGUUGAGUAUGAAUGGCAGUCAGAUACUUGAGCGUGUCACAUAUCAUAAGCUGGAUCUCCUUUGUCGCGUGGCUUAGACCUGUUGGAUGCGGAUGAGUCAACCAUUCCUCUUAUCACACGAACAAGCACAGACCCCGAUGUCAGCGUGUACAAAGCGGGUGACCAUAUUUUGACCAUCACUUUGUUCGUUUGGUUUAUGAGUGUUUGGUGUUUCAAUCAUUGUGGCUGUGGUCUCUGCUGCCUUGUGUAUCUGAUUAAGUUUUUAAGUUUUAUUUCAUUACUUUUGAUUUUCAUAGAAUUAGAGAUGUGUAUGCUCCCGCAGGUGUAUUUGCUUAUGUGUGUGCGUGUUUUCUGUGUGGCGGUCAGACGGAGCACAGGAUUAAUCUGUUUGUGUGUCUCUGUGUGGCUGUAGCUGUGAGCUUAGUUGUCAGUACAAACUGCAAAUAUCAAGACUGAAAAGGCAUGAAUGUAAAUCACUGAUCUGUCCUACAUAAUGACUCAUGGAGUCAUCCGUGUGCUGUUUGCUACACUGACCAUUUGUUUAUGCGAGUGACAGCAUCCCUCAAAAGAAGUUCCUCAGACAAAUCUAUCUUUAUAGUUAAUUUGCAGAGUCUCAGAAAUACUUUAGAGCACAGUGUCACUAGUUAAUGACCGUCUUAAACCCUGGCUUCCAUAUACAGCAUUUUAAAUUCAUACAAAAGGGAAAGAACAAAUUAUUUAUUUCUGAUAGCUGUGAAUAACUGUUGACCGGGAAAAAGCAAAUAGUUGCAUAAUUACACAGCAGACAUUGUGUAACAUUAAUUUGCAGUCAUGUUUCUGUGAGUUUAAGUCCAGGGGCCUCAUUUAUAAAAAGGACUUACAGUCUGUUUUUAUCUUAAGUAGGACUUAAGUAGAAAACCACGUAUAUAAAAAAUAAAUAGUUACUUAUAAAAACUUUCUUUUUUGCAGAGAUGAUCUUAUCUCUGAGCAAAGUCUAGACUUGACUUAAAUGAUUUUCCUGCUGGUGUUUGGGAUCUGUGCAUCCAAGUCUGUGGUGAACUUUGCUCAAGUAUUUUGAACGAUGUGCAGCAGCGACACAACCUGCGCGUUUAGCUUUUGUUUGUUCACCCACUAUUUAAUUCAUCGAGGAAAAUGUGUUGGCUGACUUCAAUAUCUUCUACCAUCACAGUAAUCUUGUCUUUAACAAAAGUUUGACUUUCACUUUUUGUCCAUGGACAUUCUUGACUAAACCCUCAUCCAUGUUUGUAUUGUAUAAGGGCAGAUCACAAGGCACGAGCUGACAUUUUAAGCUGAACUGAGAUUUAUAGAUCACAUGUGCGUAGGUUACAAAUUGGAAUCUUAGAACCUGCUUAAUGUCUUUUAUGGAUCAAACUCAAGCACACUUCCAGAAAUGAUGCAAAGAAAAAGUUCAGUACAAAUCUAACAACAUAAUUAUAAAUGAGGCCCCGUUCCUUUAGCUCCGCUUCUGUCAGUAGCUGCUAACUUUGUCUGCUGUUUGGUGCUGGGCAGGGAGUUUAUAACGGCUUUAUGGGAGUUUUUUCUUCGCCUGAAAUCUAGGGAGGAAAGUUACAGAUCAUAAAACCAAAACAAUGAGCUGGGUAAUAAUUUGCUGCCUUUCACAUUAAACAUAAACCUCUGACCCUUUGUCAAUAUAGAAAUAUUGAUUAUAGCAACCUAAAAUGCAAAAUAACCACAAGUUUAAAAAAAGAUAGCUUGAUAUUUAGCUAUCAUGGGAGAAAAUGGUACCAUCCUUAUUCCACUGACCUGUCCCGUUACUUUUCGUUACAGAGACUAUGGCCUUAGAUCUACACGUAGUUCACAGCAGCACAUCGUUUUUUCAGGUUUUACCAUUGAAACCUGUUUUCCUCAAAGAUGGUUUAAAACAUUAAACCAUGUGAUUUCUUAACUAGCCAAAAUAACUAUCCUACAGUUCAUACUCAGGAACAGUGUGUAUCUAUAUGAGUGUAUGAGUGUGUGUGUGUGUGUGUGUGUGUGUGUGUGGGCCUGAGACAGUACGUGCAUGUCCACAGUCACAUGUGUAUGUGUGCGUUCUGAGCAGCAGCACUUUGAUGAAGCAUCCAGUGGCAGCGUGUUGGCUGCGGCGUCCCUGUUCCUCAGCUGUUAGACAUAAUGAGAAUAAUUAACUGACUGGUGUUUUUUUUUUUUUCUUUCAUUGCUUCAUGUCCUCAAGGCUUAUCAUCGAGAGUACGUGUUAUUUACCGGAGCAGGGAAUGUAAACACACAUCGGGCAAACUUUAUUUUUGAUGACAGAUAGAGCUACUAUACAGAGAGAGAGAGAGAGAGAGAGAGAGAGAGAGAGAGAGAGAGAGAGAGAGAGAGAGAGAGAGAGAGUUGUAGAGCUAACUAGCCAGCUAGUGUUGAUCAUGUACAGUAAAUUGUAUCCUAGAGAGUGUACAGUGUGUGUAUAGAUAUUUUAAUCCUUAUGUAGCCUAUGUACUGUAUGUGCCACAGCGCCUCCUUCUACAAUCAUUCCAUCAGCUCACCAAUAUCAAGUGGUCCUGCUAUCGUUCUCGUCAGUUCAGGUAUUGAUCUAAUGUUCAUGAAUGUGCUACAGUUCGUUGGGACCUUCUACAUAAUUUGGCCUCAAAAAAGAUUUCAUUUGACUUGCACACUGUAACAUACAGUAUGUGUGAGUGUGAAUUGCAGUUGAUCAUAAUAGCCAUGAACCUUUUUAUAACUCCUGAAAGGUGUUUAUUGUAAAACCCAGACUGUUCUCUUUUUUCUGUUCAUGUUUGACUGCUCAGGCUAAACACUGCCCAGUGACUGUUCUUCUCCGAAAUGAUGCGGUCUUAUUUUUCGCGCUGUUACAAAGUGGAGGUACUCUUUCAUCAGUUUGUCUUUGUAGCCAUUUCUCUCUCAGUGAGCUUGGCCUGUGUUUGUAAUUUUUUCUUUUUUUAUUAUUAAUAGAGACCUGAAAUUACAUCACAACACAGACAAAUCUACAAAUUGUAGGACUGAUGCUUAAAGGAAUAUUUUGACAUUUUGGGAAAUAUUCUCCUUUGCUUUCUCGCUGAGAGUUAGGUGAGAAGAUUGACAUUGUGCUGUAGGGUUAAAGUGAGACUGGAAACAGGUUCUGUCCCAAGAUAACUACAUCCAACUACAAACACCUCUGAAGAUCACUAAUUAAGAGGGCUGGACGAUACGGUAAAAUAAAGUAAAGUUGGGUUGAUUUUGACAGAUUACGACUGCAGUGUGAUUUGUAGGUCAGCUCCUCUCUGCAGCUUUACAGUGCUUCACUAAAAAUGCUGUUUAUCACACAUUUUACCUUUAUACUAGAACAUGUAGGUGGUCGUAUUGUAGUUCUGACUGUAUUUCCAUUAACUGUGCACCCCUAUUGAUUAACUUGGUGGUUUCACUAAGAGGGUUAACAGACAAUUUCUUGCCUAGUUGCAGUUACCUAAGUUUUGUUGUCAUUGCGAGUUUGUCAAGUGACCAUUGGAAACUCCAGGGAAUAAUCUAGAACGUUUCACUUGCAAAAAAACAAACAAACAAACAAACAAACCCCCACUGUAUUGUCAAUGCAUUUCUGUUUUUAAACAGAUUAAGAAGACAAGACAUUUAAUGUAGAGCAUGAGAGGUAUCGAUCUUCUCAUCAACCUUCCAGUAAAUGAAAAAGCGCAUUGCCCAAAAUGUUGAAAUAUUCCUUUAAAGGCCCUGCACACCCACACAGCUAUUCUGCCUAAUAAGGCUGAACCCAAUCAUCAGAAAACAUGUUGGCAGUGUACAUUUCUGCAAACCACGACUCUCGGUAGGGUUGGUCCCAGAAUCCACUCGGUCAGGAAAUUUGGCGUAAAAUACCUGUUUUGAGUGCCACAAGUGGAGAUGUCCGGAUUCUCUUCAAAAAUAUCCAGCUUUUGUCACCACAAACACAGUUGGAAAUUGUUUCCGAGGUCUGCUUAAAAAUAUCCAGUGGUGCUGGGCUGGUGAAACGCAGUCACCUCUAACUCCACCAUCAACUACACCUCCAGAUAUGAAAGUCGGUUCCUAAACAAGUAACACGGUGUGAAAAGAAAUGUCGUAGAAACGUCGGUAGGGUACGUAACGUAUGACACAUCCAAACAUGAAUGUAUCAGUGUUUUUGCAGGAACCUGUGCUGCCAACAUUUUAUCUGGGCAUCCGCGCUGUUUGACUUCAGGCCAGGUUAAAGCUGAGAGGAGCUACAAAUCCUCCCAGUCCAGAGCAGAGGUGUAAUCAGGUGGUGCAGAGACCUGUGAGGGUGGACCACAGGUGUGCACAGGCUUUAUAUUCAAAGGUGCAGCAGUGAUGAUAUUCCAGUGUUGGCUCACGAAAUAAGCUUGAGCCGGGCCCCUUAAAAUCUGUCAUUUUCAGAGCCUUUCUAAAUAAUGUUGAAUAUGGUGUAAGAGCACCGCUUUGUGGUGAUCUAUGGAAUUGCACUUUGUCAUAUGGGGGUGGGGGGGUGUUUUAGUCUAACUAAUGUACAGCAUGUCUGAGAGAACUUGUACAAUAACAGUACAGCAUCUCAGCGAUUUGUAAAUAGCCAAAGUCUUCCAUUAUAAUGUUGGUAUGACCGUGUCGCCAGUGGAGAGGAUGAACACUGAUCCCCAUGUACAGACCUUUGAAGUGAAGUUUAAUUUUUCCAAAAAACAUCAUCAUUUAUUUGAGAGAAAUAAAGGAUAUCGCUUCACCUAAGAUGUUUUAUUUUGCACCAGCUACAAAAAAAAACGAGAAAAAAAAAAAAAA